AUGGGUCGCAGCAAGAAGGCGGCGAAGGCUUCAAAGGUGGCAUCUGAGGAGGAGAGGACAUGGCCGGUGUCUGUGAGCUCCGACGGGAGACUCAGGACACUGGUCGAGCGUGGCCAUUUGUCGGUUCAUGAGAAGUAUGUCUCUCUCCCCCCAACACUCCCGUACUUCCCUAGGGCGCCGAUUGUUGAUCUCACCGACGGUCCAGGCGCCGCAUCAGGCGACACGAGUGCCGCGCCUGCCACCAACUCGGCUCCUAUCACCACUGGCGACCCAUCAGGCGAGGUGCAGUCGGCCGCAGGGAGGGAAACGACACUUUCUUCGACAUCGCUGGCCGCUGACCAAACGGACACCGGCACUGCGACGAAUGAGGAGCGUGUCUCGAGCCCUGCUCCGACUACUCCAUCAACCCAAGUGGCUCCGAGUGCUGCUACUGCUGCACCAGCCCUGCCUGCUCCUAAGGCUGCUCCUUCGGCUCCAGCGACGGGCCCCUCGUCCUUAGCGUCGAACCAGUUGGCACCUGACCCAAAGGGCCCUGCCGCUGCCGACAUGGAAGACUCCGAGGAAGAGGAGCGCCCGCGGCCAGAGUACGAUGAAGAGAUCGCGGGGGCCAACACUGUGCCCCACUUCGACUACACCAAGGAGUCGAUCUGGACAUGGUGGAUGAGUCCGAGUGGCGUGAGAAUCUCCUUGCGGAACCACCAGAAGACCGAGUUCCUAAGGAUGAUGCUUCCCCGCAUGGAAGAGACCGAGCAUCUAGGGAAGCGGGUGAAGGUCCUUCAGGACUGGCUUCAGGCUGCCAAGUCGCGGGAGACCGAGUCCCGGGCUCUGCAGGAGGCUAAGGAGGCUGCCGAGCAAGCCAUUGCGGCGCGUCGGCUGAAUGCUUUGGCACAAUUUGAAGUGCUGAACUCCCAAAUCCAGCUGAAGGACGAAUACAUCUCUUCGCUGGAAAUGGGGAUCGAUCCACUUCUCCGGAGUCUUCACGCCGAGGUCGCGCCGGAGCACCAGCAAGAGACCCGACUAGAGAGGCACCAUGAAGAGCAAGUCCACCUUCUUCAGGAGGGCACCAAGCUCUUGGAGGCCGACCGACGAAGCUACGCCGAGUCCUCCAGUGCCCACACCCUGGCGCACGUGAAGGCGUUCUACCUAGGGGUGGUCCUAGAGAUGUUCAAGGACGGGCUUCCGAGGACGAUCACCGACGAGGAGGCAGAGUUGCUGGUAGAUUCCUGUAGGCCAACGGCCAAGGUCAUUGCUAGUGACCUGUUUACGGAGUAA